AUGGAAGUCCCUGUGGAAUUUGACAGUAAAAAUCUUAUGGUGCAUCCCAAGCAGCCAAAGAGCGCAUCGCCGCUAGGCUUAUAUACAUCACGAUCGUCAUCGUGGUCCCGGUCUUCAUCAAGCCGUCGCCAAAGGUCACCAUCUUCUGAGAUCACAGAGGGCACUUAUACCGACCAAAUUCAUCCCGAUACAGUUCGCGUGGUCAUGAACCUCACAUUUGACGGCAAGGAGAUCAAAGACUUCCGGAGCCCAGCGUUCGAAGCGUUUCCAUGGACAAAACCCGACAAGUACGGGCAGCUAGUGCCGCAAGAGUUCAUGAAAGAACAUCAAGAGACACGCCCGGAGUUAAUGACAAAAGCAAUAUACCUCCGGUACGGCACUUGUCAGGUGAAAGGACCGAGCGGCCUCGAGUACGACAGCCGGGUAUCUAUUGUCAAGGACCACGAAGAUCUGAGUGAGAGUGCCAUCAGAGGCAUCUGCGAUUUCAUCUCGAAACAUCCCUAUCAAGAUUUUCACCUCCGGGUCUACUGGGACUAUGGCUGCGCUCAGAUCAAGCCAUUGACAGAGCAGCAGUUAGCGAACAGCAUGUCCAAGUCUUAUGCUGGGAUGAUCAAGAAGGAAAUCGAACAGAAGCUCGUGCGCAACUUCCAGACACAGCGAUACAUCGCCCGCCGUGAUCUGGAUGUCUUUCUAGAUCCCCUAGUGAUUGAACAGGUUGUCAAGGAAGACGAGACUCUGGACCUCGACCCCGAAGCCGAGGCCAGGUUCCGCGCAAGGAUCCAGAGCCGGGCGCCCAAACUGUUUCUGAUCUGCCUAUACCGUCAUUUAACUAUGGCCUUCCUUAAACACCUGAUGGAUGCGCCACAUGACUGCCAGGACCUCCCCAAAUUCCGGCCAUCAUUUGGAAUGGAGUGCCAAGAUCUCAGGCACGGCUGUACAACACAUGAGAUCAAGCAAUUCGUUGAAUGCCUACCCAUAUUCUUUGCCGAGAAGAUAACGCGCGAUUACCAGUAUCGCCGCCUCUCCCCGUCCAAUGUUUUGCCCCUGCAUCACACUGGCGAGUACGACGAUAAAAUAGCUGACCACGCUCGUCUGCCGUUGGGAAAUGGCUCAUUUGGAAAAGUCUAUGCCGUGAAGAUCAAUCUGGCGCACAAUGAUGGUGAUGUCGUCCACGGGGCCAGAACGGCUGGGAUCCUUCAUGAACCACUGGUGCCGGCUGCGGGCUAUGAGAGUCCUGAUCGACAAUUUGCAGUCAAAAUAUUCGACUCGACUGACCGAAUGGCGUUUGAUCAGGAGAGAGUGAUGCUGAAGCACUUCGCCGAAUACCCACAUCCCCACAUCGUUCUGCACUUGACAAGCUGGACGCAAGAUGAAGCGCACUACAUUCUCUACGACCGAGCCAGAUGCAAUCUGCGGACAUACACCACCGAGGUGCGACGACCGGACCUCGACAGACCACAUGUCCUUUGGUUCCUCCGGCAGCUGGACGGGUUGGCGAGAGCAAUCGGUCACGUCCACUACUCUAAGAGGCCCACGUUGGCCGACCCGACGCCCGCGGAUGAGAAGUAUGGACGACACAACGAUAUCAAACCCGAAAACAUACUCGUGUUCGAAAGGGCCGUCAACCAGAACCCAGUGUUCAAGCUCACGGACUUUGGAUUAGGAGUCUUCACCGACGCCAAGGUGGGAAACAGGUCCCGGGAGACUGCCAAUGUGCGCGGCACUCAGACAUACUGGGCACCCGAUCAUGACCGGAAAGGGAAGAUUUCGCGUCCGUUCGAUAUGUGGGCACUAGGCUGCGUGUAUCUCGAGCUUCUCGUCUGGCUCUUUGGCGUGUUCCAGGACAAUGACGGGCCCAGCUUUGAGACCCUUCGGCAGGAAUAUCCCGGCCGCGUUCCAACGGCCGCGGAAGAUCGAUUCUGGUACGCGACGGGACAUGGGCGGAGGAAGGAAUACCACCUCAAGCCUGCAGUCACCGCGCUCAUUCAUGAACUCCGAACGAAGCAUUGUGCCGAAUUGAGAGCCUUCCUCCACGUCAUCGACGCGAUCGAGGAGCUACUGGAUUGCGACCCGAGAAAGCGGAUGGCUGCCGACCGUCUCAUGGUGUUGCUGGCUUCAGUAGUGACCCAGGCUGUUACGGAUCUCGGCAAACAACCCGACUUCUACCUAGUCCAGCACCGGAAGAAUGUCGGUGAGCCAGAUUCGUCGGCCGCGUCACUCAGACUGGGGACCGAGAGGAUAGAUCCCGACAUUGGCGAUCGUUCGCCUGUGAGCCGAACCCCUAGCCGUGCGCACUCGAUCAGCGGCACCGCUUUCUCGCACAUUGGAGCAGGGUCUAGCCGUCUACCGCAUGAGGGCUCGCCAGGCGAGGCCGGUGACCUGGGCAAAGAUCUGGAGGAUCUCAGUGCUCCAGCUCCACCGGACGAUACGUCGUCAUGA